UUUUUGUAUCUUCAAUGGAAUCAAAGCUUAAACCAAUGGAGCUGGUGGCGAUGUUGUUAGUAUUGUUAAGCAUGUCAAACAAGGCGGAUGCAAGCCCGCAAGUGCCGUGCUACUUUAUUUUCGGUGACUCGUUAUCAGAUAAUGGAAACAAUAAUAACCUUCCGACGUUGGCCAAAGUAAAUUAUCUGCCUUACGGGAAUGAUUUCCCCCAAGGACCAACCGGAAGGUUUAGCGAUGGUCGAAACAUGCAUGAUUUUAUCGCUGAACUUUUGGGGUUCGAAGAUUAUAUUCCUGCUUUCGCCAACUCAGGAGGGAAAGACAUUUUCAACGGUGUAAACUAUGCGUCGGGUUCUGCAGGCAUUCGCAACGAAACUGGGAGACAUCUGGGUGUUUGUAUAUCUUUAGAUGAGCAAACAAAAAAUCACAAAACUAUUAUCUCAAAACUCAUGGAGUUAAUGCAAAAUUAUUCGGCCACGAAUUCGCUUUUAAAACAAUGUAUUUAUUCGGUUCAAACCGGAAGCAAUGAUUAUAUCAACAAUUAUUUCAAGCCGGAAUUCUAUAAAACCGGCCAAAGUUUCACGCCGUCGGAAUAUGCUACGGUGCUGGUUCAGUCCAACUUAAGGAUGUUUGGCGUGUACGGGAUAGGGAACAUUGGUUGCACUCCGUACGCAAUUUCGAUGUACGGAACUAAUGGGUCAGACUGUGUAGUGAAAUUAAACGAGGGAGCAACCCUUUUCAAUGAAAGACUGGAGCUACUCAUCCAUCAACUUAACACCAAUCUACCCGGUGCUAGAUUUACCUAUCUUAAUCCCUCCGGAACUCCAACUGAUCUUGCAACAUUAGUGACGAAUAGUUCAUGCUGCACAACUGGUGGCGGCGGAGAGCUUUGCCUUCAUAAUUCAAAGUCGUGUAGUAGCCCAUGGAGAUACGUAUUUUGGGAUGCUGUCCAUCCUACCGAGGCUUUGAAUAAAAUCCUCGCCGAGAGUGCAUAUGAGCAUCUCCGCUUGACAUUCAUCACUCUUCACCCGAACACAGGUCGUUAGCAGGGUGGCUUGCUUGUCAAGGCUAGAUUUGUUCAAAGCUUCGUGGUGACUGUUUGCACCAUGUUGUUUGUGUGUGUGGUUUGUUGUGAUCUUCCUUUAUUU